AUGAGCAGAACUUACUCUCCUAUUAGGAGUAGGGCUGAGAAAAUAGUUGGUUAGUUGAGUGAGCUUCAUUUGGGAAAGAAGGAUUAAACUUAAAGAAUAAAGGAGGCAGAGGAGAGAGUAGAAAUAAUGGAAACAGCAAUAAAGGACUUGAGAGAAACUUUGGAGGGGAAGGUGGCAAAGAUUAAGGAAGGAUUGGAAUAUGUUCAUUCAGUGUUGAAGGAGUAAGAACCAAAAUAGGAAGAUGAAGAACAGAUGAUUGAGGAUAUGAAGAAGGCAGAGGAGAGUGUGAAUCAGUAGUUGGAAGAACUUAGUAAGUUACGGGAAGAGAGUUAAUAGAAAUUCAAUGAGCAAGUAGAAUAGGACAUUUAAGAGUUGCGAGAGCAGGUAAACUCUGAGAAGCACGAGAGAAAUGAGUAGAUAAUGGAGAUCAAUGGGUGUUUGGAGAGCGACUUGCCAUAGUUAUAGGAGAUGCUGCAAGCAAACAUAAAGGAGAGAGAGGAGAUGGAUCGAAACAUUAAUGGGAAGUUGUAUGAUGAAUUGCAGAGGUUGUCACAGAUAAUCCAUGCGGAAAGGAUCAGUAGGUAGCAGAGUGAGCAGAAUUUGUUUGAGAUGUUGAAGGAUGUCGUGAAUAGGAUCAAGAGGGAAAUCGAUGAGGAGAAGAGAGCAAGGGAAAGUACUGAAAACGAUGUUCUGGGAGUUUUGGAGGAAACCCUUAAUAAAAUCUUAGCAGCGCAGGAACAUUGA